GAAAGUCAUUAUACAAUGAAUUCUGUGCUUGAUGAAAAUCCCAAAUGGUGCCGGGCACUUGUUAUAUUGUACAAAUUCUCGCAUAUAACAAAUUUUUGCUGGAUGCUAAAUGAGGCGGCAUACCUGCACCGGCGUAUUGUAUUGAGCUUUGCCGAGGAAAGACAUUUUCUAUAUUACUAUCUAUUCGGAUGGGGAGCACCGGUAUUCGUAAUGAUACCUUAUAUUGUUGUACACUCGCUCGAAGACUAUGAUAUUAAUUGCUGGACUGUACCCAUGUUUUAUCCUGAACUGAUCUAUGACAUUUUGCCUGUUACGUGUGUUGUGCUAAACGCCCUGCUACUAUUCAACGUGGUGCGAGUUUUAAUGACAAAACUACGUUCAUCGCCCGACCAUUUUCGUGCUGGUCUACGGGCAUCCCUGAUCCUAUUGCCAGUGUUUGGCAUCCAGUACACUUUCUACAUCGCCAAUGUCGACCCAUUUGAGUCGUGCUCUACCGGCGUGUUUGUCGCCAAAUACAUACAGAUUGUGAUCGAAGCACUUCAGGGGGCGAUCGUCACCACUAUAUUCUGCUUUCUUAAUGGAGAGUACAUAGGUAGAUUAAAAGUUCAUAAGCAUGUCAAGCGUACAAUACAUAAGAUUAUACCCAGGAGCAGUAUCAUGCUCACUGAACAACAAGAAUUGGACAAGACCACUGAAUAAACUAGCCACGCCCUUUUAUUAUAAAAUAUCUAUAAUAAUAAUAAUAUUAUGUUUCUAUUUCAU